GCCAGACGGCCACAGGGCUCUGGCCAAGGAUGGCGGCGCCCCGCGGCCUGGGGGCCCUGCUCCUGCUGCUCCUGCUGCUCCUGCUGCUGCUGCUGCUGCUGGCCUCAGGUGAGGAACGGCACACGGAAAAGCCGAGAAAUGUCUGCCUGGAGCACAACUAUGAAGACUCUUAUGACACCUUAAACUUGGGGGACAGGGCUGAGUGUUUCACCAAGUGUGGGUGGUCGGAGAGCGGCCCUUGCGACGUGGGGAACUUGCAGAGAUACUGGCUGAACUACGAGGCCCACCUGGUGGAGAAGAGUGGGUCGGAGACAGUGGACAUGCCUUUCGUGAAGGCUUUGAUCCGGAACUUCAGAGCCGACACCGAGGAAGACCUACUCUUCUCUCUGCAGCCCGCGCAGAUUCCGAGGCAGGUGACAAAGGAUGAGGAUAAGCCCCCCGACAGAGUCCGACUUCCCAAGAGCCUUUUCGGAGCCCUGCCAGGCAACGGGUCCGUGGUCCGGCUGGCUGUCACUGUUCUGGACAUCGGUCCGGGCAAUAUCUUCAAGGGUCCCCGGCUCAGCCAGGACGAUGGCAGCCGCGUGUUGAACAAUCACCUGGUGGGCCUGAGUGUGGGCCACACGCCCGUCACCAGGCUGGCCGAGCCUCUGGAGAUCGCCUUCUCCCACCAGCGUCCUCCAUGUCCCCCUGGCCUCCUCCAUGUCCCCCUGGCCUCCUCUGCAGGGCCAACUGGAGACUGGUCUUCCAAGGGCUGCUCCACGGAGCCCGGAGCCAAGGGGACCGUCUGCCGCUGUGACCACCUGACCUUCUUCGCCCUGCUGCUGAGGCCCGUCUUGGACCAGGCCACAGCGAAGGCCCUCAAGCACAUCUCCCGGGCGGGCUGCGGAGUCUCCAUGGUCUUCCUGGCCUUCACCAUUGGCCUCUAUGUCGCCCUGAGGCUGUCUCGGCAGAGGUUCAAGUCGGAAGAUGCCCCCAAGAUCCACGUGUCCCUGAGUGCUAGCCUGUUCCUCCUGAACCUAGUCUUCUUUGUCAACUUGGAGAGCAGCUCGAAGGUGUCCGAUGCCACCUGCGGGGCCCGGGGUGCCGUCAUGCACUACUUCCUGCUCUGCGUCUUCACCUGGAUGGGCCUGGAGGCCUUCCACCUGUACCUGCUGGUCAUCAAGGUCUUCAACACCUACUUCGGGCACUACUUCCUGAAGCUGAGCCUGGUGGGCUGGGGCCUGCCUGCCCUGAUCGUCGUCGGCGCCGGGAGCGCCAACAGCUACGGCCUCUACGCCAUCCGCGACCUGGAGAACCGCACCUCGCUCGAGCUGUGCUGGUUCCGGGACGGGACAGCCGUCCAUGCCCUCUACGUCACCGUCCACGGCUACUUCUUCAGCACUUUCCUCUUCAGCGCCGUGGUCCUGGCCCUGGUGGCCUGGAAGAUCUUCACCCUGUCGAGCGCCACGGCGGGCAAGGAGCGGGGGCAGAACCGGAAAGGGGUGCUCACGGUGCUGGGUGUCUCGAGCCUGGUGGGCGCGACGUGGGGGCUGGCGGUCCUCACGCCUGGGCCUGUCCACCGUCUACGCCUUCACGCUGCUCAACUCGCUGCAAGGUGUCUUCAUCUUCUGCUGGUUUGCCACCCUCUACUUCCCAGGCCAGAGCUCCACGGCCUCCUCCUCCGGCACUGGCCGAGUGGACCGGGCCCAGUCCACGUCUCACGAGUAGGACGGCCCAGCCCUGCCUGGACUCAGCUCUGACGCUCUGCGGGGCCUUGGGCGGCUCCCUGCCUCCCUCGGGGCCUUGCUUUCCUUCUCUGAGCAGUGUGGCUGGGGAGGGAGGAGAUGGUGACCAGGUUGGACCACGUGGCCUCAGAGGUCUGUUCCAGAUCUUUCCAUGGGUCUGGGAGCCCACACACGCGGGUUUGCAGCAGUCUGAAAUCCCUGUAGUCGUGACGCCCCCCCGCCAGCAAAGCGCGACAUCUUCACCCCCACGUCUGCCCCAGUAGCGAAGCCACUCUUCCGUCCGUCACCCACCUUCUGGUCUCAGCGAGGGCCUGAGCCCAGAGCCGGGGUCUGCCGUCGGUGCAGCCCCCGGGGGAGCCCCAGCCUCUCCCCUCCCUCUCUCGUCACUGCCCUCCCACACCGCCCACUGCCUGUACUCUCCAGGGGCGUUCAGGGGGUCAUCGUCCCCUCCGGCACUGGGGGCAGCCUGCCCCUGGUUUCUGCCCAUCCCCUCAGAGCCCACCCUCGCGGAAGAGACCCCUCCGUUCGGAGUGCCGCCAGCCCCCAGGUGCCUGGGGAUGCUGACUCUUCGCCUCCAGCGAGACCUCACUGCCCGCUCUGACUGCCACGUGGGCGGCCCAGCCUCUGACCUGCUGUCCUCGUGGAGGGAGAACGCACAUGGUCCUGGGGGGUGGGGCAAGGGGCGAGGUGGGGGGGGCUCUCGGAGCAGAGGACGGGCAUUUCCGCCAGAGUCUGAGCUCGGACAGAGCAGGGACCUGGACGUCCCCACCCGCCGUCCCAGCCCGGCCAAGCGCAGGCCCUGCACCUGGCACGCACGCCCUGAAUAAAUAUCUGCUGGCGAAUGAAUGGCUGUCUGAGCUUGGCCCCACCUGGCAGGGCCCCCAACCAAGGGAGUGUCCCCAGCCAGACCCGGGUUGGGCACGGUGCUUCCAGCCGAGGGGCCUCCGUGUCCCAACUCUCCGGGGCCUCACCCCACAAGCUCAGCCUUGACUUACCCACCACGCUCCCUUCCCAGCCCCCCGCCCCUUUCCAGCUUUCCAGGGUGCCUAGUGGACUGUCCAGCACUUUCCACAGGAGGGAAGUUAUGUGAUCGUUGGACCCUCCCCGCCAGCCCCCAAAGCGGUGGUCUCAGCCCCCCCCCCGACGCCAGCGCCGAGGCUGGAGUGGGUGCUCCCUGCUUCGCCCCCCACCCCCCACGAACAGUCGGAAGACAGGAAGGAGGGCCUUGGCUUCCUCCCUGGAAAGGAAACCUGGGGUGUGGACAUUGCAUCAGUUGAGCCACGUGACCAGUUUUGUGGACAGACAUGGUACGUUCGGUGGCUUAUCUUCACAGACAUCUGUCUAUCUUCACAGACAU